AUGGUCCAAGGUUUUAAUAUGGACUUAAAUGCCCCAGUUGUACAUUCUAUCAACGAUACCGAAUCGCAGUUCGGCUUCUCGGUGGCUAUGCAUCGGCACAGCGGGGAGAAUAUGGUUAUUGUUGGUGCGCCAAGAUAUCAAACAGACGAAUUGGAUGUAACACGAGGGGGCGCCCUAUUCAGAUGUCCUCUGAACUCAUUAACCAAUCCAGAAGAGUGUGAGGAACUAUCAGCUUUUAACUCGCUAGGCAAUGAAUUCAACGAAGAGGGUAACCGCAUCGCAAACAAAUCGGGUCAGUGGUUUGGUGCCAGUGUAAAAAGUGCUGGUGAAAAUGGAAAAAUUUUGGCAUGCCGUCCGCUCUACACGUGGUUCAUUCAACCAGAAGGGGGUACCAAAUCUAAACGGGAGCCGAUAGGGGGCUGUUUUAUCGCCACCUCCGACUUCUCAAAUAUACAGCUGUAUGAACCAUGCAGAAGCACUCAACAGUCAGAGCAAAGUACAUUCGGCGUUACGCAUUGUGAGGCAGGGAUUGCAGCUGAUAUUUCUUCGGAUGAGAUAUUAAUCGGCGCCCCCGGAAGUUUCUUUUGGCAAGGACAAAUAUGGGUGGCAAAUACAGAUCUUCAAGGCGAGAGGCGCACGAAUGAAGGACCUACGUUUUUCGACGACAGCUACCGAGGAUAUGCAGUAGCUUUCGGAGAUUUCAAAGGCGAUCCUAGACCAGAGUAUGCUGUUGGAAUACCUCGUGCAAGAGGCGCUUUCGGGAUGGUAUCCAUCUUCGACUCGUCAAUGAACGCCUACUUGAACAUUACAGGAAGCCAGGUCGGUGCCUACUUCGGUCAUACCCUGGUCGUCUCCGACUUCAAUGCUGACGGCUCUGUGGACCUCGUCGUCAGUGCGCCGUUCUUCAUCGACGAGGAAAAGACCACCAAUGGAUGGGAUAUCGGCCGAGUGAGGAUAUUCUACAACGAUGGAAAUGCUGGUUUCUCCGAAGGGACGACUAUCCAGGGUUACAAAGUGAGUUCUCGAUUUGGAUUCAGCAUGGCUGCCCUCAACGAUGUGAACCAAGAUGGAUAUAAUGAUUUAGCAGUGAGCGCCCCUACCGGAGGUCAAUCGGGUGAAGGAAUAGUCUAUAUAUACCACAGCAAAGGUCGUCUUGGUCUUUCAACUAUAUUCGCACAAUCCCUUGAACCGUCUGACUUCGGACUAAGCCUACAAUCUUUUGGAUCAUCGCUAUCAGCAGGAAUGGACAUGGAUAAUAACAGAUAUCCAGAUUUGGUUAUUGGAGCCUAUAAGUCAGCAACGAUAGUACUUGUAAGAUCUAGACCAAUCGUUCACGUGACAGGAUCACUAGUCUCGACCCCAGGAUCACUUAAUCUGAAAGUUAAAAGUCACACCCUGCCCGACGGAACAGCAGUGACAAGCUUUGAUGUCAAAGUUUGCAUUAGAUACUCCGGAACGAACGCACCCGCAAACAUUGACUUCGAUUAUACAAUAUCACUUGACUACAAUCGGCAGACAACGAGAAGGGCGAACUUUGACCUGGGAGGAAGUGACCCAUCAACUUUGAGCCGAACAGUCACAUUGACAGCCAACGUAGAAUAUUGCAAUAAUUUCACUGCAUACGUCAAGCCUUCGAUUGUGGAUAAACUGUCCCCUAUCCCGGCAUCUGUUGUAUUCGGGCUUACUGAAACUACACCCUCUCCUGGUGAAAUCCUGCCAAUUCGCGACUUAGCGAGUGAUGAUUCGAAUGCGAUUUCAGUACCUAUUGAACGAGAUUGCAUGAACCAAACAUGUGUACCAGAUUUAAGUGUUCGUGCAACUACCGGAACAGAACGUUUGAUCGUCGGAGCGAGUGAAUCUAUUGCGAUUGACGUCACAAUAGCGAACAAUGGAGAAGAUGCCUAUCUCUCGACACUCACCGUAGAGGUACCACCUGAACUACAAUAUACUGGUUUCACUCGUGUACAAACGGACAACAUCUUGACCUGUAGUAACAAUGUCCAAUCAUCUGAGAUAAGCUGUGAUAUUGGCAAUCCAUUCUCUGCAGGAGUAACGGUCAUUCUGCAGUUGCAAUUUAGCAGUGAGAAUCUACCCGGAAACGGAGAUAACAUAGACUUUACAUUCAGAGUUAGCAGCGUAGAGUCUGAACAAAUGACAUCUGAUAAUGAAUUCAACAUAUCUGUGCCAUUGGAAAUCAAAGCAGAACUAUCAUUCCAUGGGAACGUAAUACCCGAGACAAUAAUAUACGAUGAAGAAGAAUACCUAUUGACCAGACCAAUCAAACUGCAGAAGCAUGUUGGACCCGAAAUCACCCAUGUAUUUUCGCUCUACAACAAUGGUCCUAGUUCCGUAGCUCAGACAGAGAUCACCAUCCUUUGGCCAAUGUGGUACAACAGUCGCCAGAAUAAGAACUAUCUUCUUUAUCUCCUGAGUGCCACCAUGGAUACAGGAGACGAAUGUACGAUAGAUGGGACAUUGAACCCCGAGGAACUCGCGUCUGACGACAAUAGUACUCUCACCCCUGACGUCGUCAGCAGCAGACGGAGACGACGACGAGCAACCGGGACUGAACCUCCUCCGGUCGGAACCACGGACAUUCCGAUGUCGACCACCGAGUCACCGUUGAAGGUACAGGACAUCGAAUGCAGUGGAUCACAAACUCGAUUCUGCUAUGCCAUCACGUGUGCCGUCGAUUCGCUGGGCGCAGGCAGCAACGCGGCAAGGAACAACAUCGUAGUGACAUUACGGUCGCGGGUGUGGACCAAUACCUUAACAAUGAAUUCUCUGGAGUUAACGGUUUUUGUCGAAGCUAGUGCCAGAGUGUUGUCUGUGCCGUACGAAACGCAGUUUACUGAUUCUAUAGAAAUAUCAUCGAAUAAGGUUUCAACGAAAAUUGUACCUCAAUUUAUUAUACCAGAGAUUGAGCCUCAGAAAGUCCCACUCUGGGUAUAUCUCGCCUCAAUAUUAGGGGGUUGUUUCAUCCUGGUCAUGCUCAUAUUAAUCUUAUGGAAGGUUGGAUUCUUCAAAAGAAGAAAGAAGCUUACAUCAGACCAACGAAAGAUGCUCGAAAGUCGAAAUGGAGUCGACAAUGACGGAGUGGACAAUACUGAGUGACCAAAGUACUUCUAUGCAAAAACAAAAUUGAAUCAAUAAUAUUGAACGUCUUCCGAACAUUUCCAUUGGAUUCUUCCAUCCGUUUAGAAUAGGGUUUAGGAUGCACCCAUGAAAGAAACAUUCUCUCGAUUAGUCCUGUAAACUGCAUGACAGAGGUUGUAAGCUGGCAAGACUAAGCGUCUUUCCUCGAGGCCCGAUCGAUUUGGAAGAAAGUAUGGUCAAUCCGUAACUCUACAAGAUAGUCCCGUGCGCUCUUCUGGGCUGUACUAAAAACCUUUUAGUACAAAAUGGUGCACAUUUCUAUGUACUACUUGUAUACGCACGAUAGAAGAGGCCGGGGAUGUAGGUUCGACUUACGACGAGUGCAACUGGAGAGCGUUUUAUCAGCAUUUGUGGUCCGAGUCGUCUGACGCGUUGUCAGACCCAAAUCUUUAUUUUGAUCGGUUGAGAAGCACAGUUAUUCGACUGUAACAGAUGAAAAGAAACAUCCGACAAGCCCUUUCAUAAAACACCCCUUGGUUCUAUACCCCCUCUUUAGCCAUGUUAGCCAUUGAGCCAAAGACCCGUCAUUUCUGCUUCGGGUUGAUGGCGACUCUGUCUUCCGGGUCGAUGUGCUUAGAGAAGCAUAACUUUUCAGUUUACGUUCUUAUUUUUAAAAAGUAUCUCACAUCGAGAGAAUAUACGUUCGCUGGAUAUUAACUAUUGAACGGUAUCGUCAGAAUCUAAUGAAUUAUUUCGAGUUGACUUUUAGCACUUGUUCGUAGGAUAAAUCCACAGUGAAAGAUUACGACAACGAAAUUCAAACAUUCCGAAGGAUGAAAAGUUAGACCAAAGUGACUGAAAUGUACUAUGUAUCACAUGGGAUUAUCGAAGAUAGAAAGAGAACAUCCGACCCGCAGUUCAUGCAGUUUGAAGAAAUUAGUUUAGAUUUAAGAAAAAGAAACUUGAAAGGUCAUGAGCCAAAAGGUGUUAGAGGCCAAACGUCCACGAUCAAGAACAUCCAAGACCAGAGAAUUUUAAGGGCCGUAUGAUCAACCAUCGAAAAAUAACUCCAUGUAUGAUCAAGACCUGACACUACAUCAGACAUGGAAGAUGUUGACUCAUUGUUGAGCCUUUAUUAAUGCAUUUGGCGAAUGAGUGGAAGGUUCCGACUAAGGGAACUUUGACCUGUUUGUCAUGUUUGUUGUAAUAAGUAUAAAAACAUUGAUAUAGGAGCUUUAAUAUUUAUUCGUGCAAUCAUCGGUGAGUGAGCGUGGCGCGUGUGGAUUGCCGUUUUUUAAUUCUGUCGUGCAUGUAAUAUACUUACCUUAAUUAUAGUAACUGCAUUUCAUAAUAAUACCAAUAUCACUUUAGCUGACUACGUUAAUGCAUAUCAUUCCUUUCUAUCAUCGUGUCAUGGUACACAAUAUUCCUGAAAUACAUUGGUAUUUACGACUUGUGAAAUGUCAUGAUUUUUUUUGGGGUAUUACUAUUACAUGGAUGUGUACUUGCCAACGAUUUUUUAUGUCACAUUUUUUAAUGUUCAUUUUUUUAGAUUGUUCAGUGUGUUUCUCUUUCGAAUAAAAAAAAAUAGAAGAUAUUACUGCAUUAUGCCAUUAUCACAUGCAUGCCGCAAAAUUCCAACGCUUCACUAAUUGGUUUUUAUUAAUUAAAUUUAAUAAAACAAACAAUAUUUGUUUUAAAGGAUAUUGUCGAGAUUGGUAAAUACGUUGGACCAAUUAUGAUGUAAAUUUCUUAAAUUAGCAACAUUCUUAGUCAGCUAGGGGAUUUCGACGUACUGGUUAACUCCACUAUUGGUUUUAUGCAAACAUUAAUGUUAUAGUAGCAAGUCAUGUUUCAUUGAUGCCUUUCGUUUGUGAGUACCACACAAAUGACAUUUGUUAGGUCCAGUUUUAUCUCGGUAUUUCAAUACCUGGUAUUUAGAAAUCAGUCAUAUAUCAAAUUUAUUCAUUCUGCAAAUGGAUAAAGCUUAGAUUGUAAGAGCAAUCUGUGAUAAAAAGUAACAUACAGAAUUUACAUUGCACACUGAUUCGCACUGAGGAGAAAAUGCGUAAAAGACAAAAAGUUAUGCAAAAAUGGGGAGAGCGCCAUCUUAUGUCAAUGGCUUAGGGUUAAACGCCUUCUAUAGGUUUCACACCUGUAAACAUUUCCCAUAUACACUCGUGUUAAUAUAGCAGUAAACACAAAUUCUUAUAAAUUAUAGAUUAAAUUAGGGGGACUAGUAUUUACUAUCACAAGACAGGAAAUAUAUUUGAUAUUUCAUAUCUUACCCUCAAAGGUAUGUCGAACUACUAAUUUUUUUUCUUCCAAAUAAUCAGGAAAUUGUUUUGAACCAUCUAGUGACGAGAUUUCAUUCAUCACCUGAAACAAAUAGCCCUUAUUCUUCCGCAAAUCAAAUAGUUCCACAAGUGUAGUGAUAUUCCUUCCCCGGUUUGGCAAGGGGGUUCAGUGAUUGCCAUUCCUAGAAUCAGUGUUAGAUGGUAAAUCAUUUGCAUAUAUAUAUAUAUCCAUUUGUCUUUUAAUUGUAAUAAGAUGUACGAAACCAAAAAGAAACGGUAUUGUGAGAUUACAGUGGAAGUAGUGCAAUAUCAUUACAGAAUUAUCUGUUAGUGCCUUAAAGGAAUAGGAUGGAAAAUUCUGUAAAAGGUGAAAAUAGAUAAUAACACUCCUGAAUUUGCAACACUUUGGCAAAGCGAUGUUGAACUAUACCUGUUCAUUUGGAUAGACCCACUUUCCACUUGGAAUCACACAGUUGAUUCAUAUAUCAUGUCUACUUGAUUCUUUGCAGUACUUUUCUAUUAAAGCAAUAACGUGCUCGGCUAGAGACUUGCUUUUGUGUGUCCUUUUUAAUGUUUGAACAAAUUUUAUGUUAUGAACUGCAUGUUGCCUCGUGGCCUAAAAAUGGGCGAAAAUGGCGCAAGCUUUGGUGAAGAAGGGACAGUUAGCCGGUUCCACUGAUCUAAUGUUACAGUCCUAUAUAUUACAGGUAUUUUAAGUUCUAUUUACAAUUAUAGUUUCAGUAUUUCUAUAUAGGCCUAUACACUCUGCAUGGAAUCUGAUGAGAAUACCAGUGCAAAUUUCCGGUGUUUAACACCAACCUAUCAUAACCAUGCCAGCGUUAGUGUUUUCACAAGACCAAUAAAUAUAAGCACAACAUUAGUUUUAUUUUAAAGUGGUGCUUUUUUCAACAAUUAUCCACGUUAAUAAAGUAUUGUACCAACACCUUUAAGAGCUUGUAUGUAGUGACUGCACUUCAGGUGCUGAUUUCAGUACUUCGGGUGUUCAGUGUAUAGCACAUAACGUCCGUGCUAGCUGUUUGUAGCACUUUCAGUGUAGCAAUUCACCACCCUAAGUACAAUCACUACAUGUAUACGAACUCUUAAGAGAAGUGCUAAUGUAGCACUUCAUUUUUACACUAUAUCCCAGACUGGUGUCAAAUUAAGAGCGCGGUUUUGCAGUGAAUUUAAAGUAGUCGGUCUACCUUUCCAUUUAAUUGAUAAUAAGGCGAUGUAUCAUUGUGACGAAUCAUUCGAAAUAGUUUUAUGAUGUCCUAGUUAUACUUAUUUGUACUAAAUUUCAUCAUGAUUUUAACAGUUUGAUCUAGUCCUUAUCAUAUUUCAAAAAGUUGUACAUAUUCAUGGUGUAUAAAUGUGAAAUGUAAUUAGACCAAAACCAUGUGUAUAUACAGUAAAUUAGUAAGACUAUUAAAUUAUAAAUUCAUAUAAUUGUGAAGUUGAUUCCAAAGUUAA